AUGGGUGAUAGAAGAAGGCGUAGCAGGGCAUUGGAGAUGGCACAAUACCAAGCAAGGCUUGACAUUGAGGAUUCAAAACUGAUUAAUGCCGAAGCUGAACUUGUAAACUCGUUUAUGCAAUAUGAGCACCAUGGCGAAUCUAGCCAUCGUGGUUCUGUCACGGGACGUUCAUUCGUGCAGCGUGAUAGAGAAGAGUGUCAUGACCAAAUGAUGAAAGAUUAUUUCAUUGAGUGGCCGAGAUUUCCUGCUCAUGAUUUUCAGAGGCAGUUUCGGAUGAGGAGAGAGCUUUUUGAAGGCAUCUUGAACGCAGUUGUCAAUCAUGACCACUACUUUGCAAGGAAGAUAGAUGUCGUAGGCCGACAAAGUCUAUCACCUCAUCAAAAGCUCACAUCUGCAUUUCGAAUGCUAGCUAAUGGGUGCUCUGCUGACUCAACUAACGAAUAUUGCCGACUUGCGGAGAGUACUGCUAUUGAGAACCUGAAGCGCUUCUGUCAAGCAAUUCAAGCCAUUUAUGGCGCCACAUACCUCCGCAAGCCAACUCGUGAAGACUUGAAAAGGCUUCUACGUAAGGCAGACAAAAGAGGCUUCCCUAGCAUGAUAGGAAGUCUUGAUUGUAUGCAUUGGGAGUUGGGCUAG